GAUUAUCAUGAACAAACACAUCAUUAUUUUAUUCAUAAACAAUAUGUUCAUAUGCCUUCAAUAGGGUUACCUGAAUUUAGUAAAGAAUUACUAAUAAAUUAUAAUACCUUUCUUUCUCUUCCUCGCGAAAACGAAAGCCAUCAUCGACAAUCAAAUACCAUCGAUUUAAAACAUAACAGCAUAAAUACAUGCAGUUCACAUUGUCAUGGUUUAAACAGUCUUGAAAUAGAUAGUUUACAUUCACGGCAAGGAUCUGAUAAACAUAGUAGUACUGAUCCUAGUGAUACUACCGUUCAUUCUAAUCCUGUUAGUUGCGCUACGAGUAAAGGAUCAUUUGAACCCGAAAUAUUUCUAGCGUAA